CUGUUUUCUUACGCCGGUGAAGUUGUUGUUACUUUGUCACUGACACUGACACUGUAUCAUUUAAACUCAAUUAAUUAAAGUUUGAUAUACAUGUAAUCAUGUAUAUUUGACACGUAAAUUUAGUGAUUCAUGAAGACCAAGCAUUAAUCUAGACGGCUGGACUUUGAAAGCUGAAAAGAUGGACCAGUCGGCGAAAUCCGGUCCUGCGAACCAAAUCAAGCCUCUGCUCCUGCAAGCCUGGCGGGAACGAUGGUCGGACGUCCACUGGGGAAUCAAGAUCAAGAAGGUCCUGCCGAAAGGCGUGAGCGGCGACGCAUACAGCCUCGCUCAGUGCAUCCUCGAGCAGGGCCUGAUCGGACCGAGUCCGAACCGCCUGAUGUUCUCCUACCUACAGAUGGCUCUCAGCUCGCAACUCGUCUCCUACGCGACCGUCCUUCAAACGAUCGCGAAAUUCAGCAACUUCGACAAGGUUCACUGCGUGCACGGCCUCCUCGAGCUGCUCUGCACGCUGCCGAACCGCAUCUACUGUGAAGGAAACGCCGAGGAGUGCAUGGCGCUGUGCAUGUCGCUCCUGCAGGUGGUCAGCUGGACCGUCAUCUGCCUCCACGGCUCCCUCCUCUCGCUCAUCGACGUGAAGACGUCGCCGGAGCAUUCCGCGGCGCUCGCGCUCGCGUGCGAGUUCCUCGGCGCGGUCGUCGGAAACGAGUUCACGAGCGCGCUGGUGCGGGUGGGGCGCGCGGAGAGCCCCGCGACCUGGGCGGACGUCGACGGUCUCGUCGCCGAGAUUGCGAAGCAGCUCGCUCACCAGCCGACGCUCGCCGUCGACCGCGAUCGCGUCGCCGCCGUCGUCCCAUCGGACGGCGCUCGAGGCGGUGCUGCAUCCCGCGGACGAUUACUCGGCGUUCGUGAAGCAGGCGCUGCUGGUGUCGUCGCUGAGGAGCUGCCGCGGCCGCAGCUGUACUGCGAGCUGUUCAAGGCAUGCUUCCAGGGCAUCGUCGACGCGUCAUCGACGAACGAAGAGCUCAAGUGGAACGCGUUCACCUACAUCAAGCUGCCGCACGUGUUGCACCGGAUGCACGCCAGCCCCGGCGGCGACGCGGGCGACGUAGCCGGCGCCCUCUCGCGGCUGCUCGAGUACGGCCCGCUGCUGCGCCUCGUCGACGCGCGAUGCAACUGCGACUGCGUCCAGUUCCUCGUCAACCAGCUCGUUAAGUACGAGCUGCUGACGGACGCGCAGGGACGCAUCGUCAUGGAGACGAAGGCCGACAAGGGGCUGAAGCCGAAGCACGCGGAGCAGUCGGGAACGCCUAGCAACCCGAACGCUGGUCUGAUCCUUCGCGCUGAGCCGACCGUCUCCAGCAUCCUCAAAACGCUAGACGCAGACUACUCUAAGAACCAGGAUGCGUUGAUGAGCGUACUCUGCCAGAUGCUGUCCGGCAAGAGCUUCGAACUCAUCCUCGCCGCUGCCGCCGCGACGGGUCAGGUACGCUGCUUCGCCGUGAAACUCAUCAAGUUUAACGAGUUCAGCAAGCAGGUGCAGGGCGAAAACCAGAAGGCGUCGCAGGCGCGCGCUCUCCUCUUCGACAUCUCCUUCCUCAUGCUCUGCCACAUCUGCCAGCUGUACGGAACCGAGAUCGUGACGGAAGGCGCCGCUGCCGCCGCCGCCGACUCCUUCUUCGUGCUCUGGGCGACACGGUGUCUCCCCGCGGGCGGGGGCCGCUACAAGUCGCUCGAGACGGGCAUCGCGGCGGACGCCGGGAAGGUGGAGACGCUGCUUCAGCAGCUGCAGGCGGGCGGCGAACUGAAGCUGAGCCUCGUCAAGUGGCAGGAGAUGUGCGUGAACGUGCCGGCGGCCGUGCAGGAGGUGCUCGUCGCCUGGGAGGCGGGCGCCGUCACCGCGGAGACGGUCAAGAGCAUCCUGGAGACGGUGCGCGGACGCAUGUGCUGCCUGUCGGUGUGCGUGUCCGCGUGGCUCUGCGGCCGCAUACACACGUCGAAGCACGACGACCGACUCAAGCCGAUGAACAUGAUCAACCACCUCCUGUUGCCCGCGGCGACGGCCGGCGCGGCGGCGGCGGACCAGACGAAUCCGAACUACAAUGAGCGGCACGUGUUGAUGACGACGAUCAUUCGGCGGAUGUACCACGACCUUCACCCCGUCUCGAGCAUGAAGGUCAACCCGCUCGUGCAGAUGAUCCCGGCGAAGACCCCCGUCACCGACUGCCUGCUCGAGAUCUUCCACGCAACGCACAGGAAGGGCUGGAUGGAGCUGAAAUCUGUGCACAUGCUGAAACACCUUCUGUCGCGAUGUCGCUGGUACGUCGACAGCCUCAUCAAGGAGCUGCUCAAUGUCACGCGGCCGGACAACCUACAGAUGGCAGCACGGCUCGUGCACGCCAUGUUCAUGCUAGACAUACAGGGCUGCACUCUGUGUCUCGUCACGCACACUGUGCCCAACAUCCUCGUCACGGCCAGCAAGCUGGAGCAGCUCACGGACCCGCGCGACAGACCCUCGCCUGGCUCCUCGUCAUGUGCAUCAACUCCUCCGUCGCCCUCGCGACCCCGCCGACCCGCCCGCCGGCGCCCCCAAGCGACGUUCGACGGCGACGCCGCGACGGACGACGAGGAGCGUCCGUCGAAACUCCCGCGUUGCUCUGGCAACCACGACCUCGCCGACGACGCGCCGAUGGGGCUCGUCUGCGACGCAGAGGGCGCCGCGCGCGGCGGCGGCGAGGCGGCGGCGCCUCUACCGCUCGUGGUUCGUGCUCGGUUCGUCGAGGAGGCGCGGCGGCGCGGGGCGCGCGCGCGGCGGCGGUGCUGCGGUGCGCUCCCGUCGCGUUCGUCUCCGUCUCGUCGCUGCUCCUGCCGCCGCAUGUUCACGCCCGAGCUGAUCCUCGCGCUCUGCGACGCGUCGUCGCGCCUCGGCCGCAAGAUCGCGACGAAGAUCCUCUGCCAGCAUCAGAGGCAUGGUGCACUGCGCCAUAGACACGCUGCCCGGCGGCGACGCCCGCCGGCGCCCCAGCGACGUGUCGAAGAAGACGCGACUGCGGCGAACGGAGGACGAGGAGUCGUCGUCGAAAACUGGGGGGUGAACUGUGCCCCUCCGGCGUUUGCUCUGGCAGACCACACUCGCCGGACGGAACGGCGCGCGAUGGGGCUCUUGGCGACGCAGAGGGCCGGCCUGCGCGGCGACGGCGGCGGAGCGGCGGCGCCUCUAAAAAGUUCGACGGCGAGCGAGCGCUGA